UGACGUCACCACUGGUGUGACGGGGGCGUGUUGGGAUGACAAUCCUGUUAUUUUGCUAGUUUCUUCUGUCUGGAAUACCUAGCUUCUGAUUUGUUACGAUAAGUGUGUGGGUUUGACGCAGUUGAGCAGACAUUGCAGCCUAAUGCUAACUGCAAUUUAUUUACAAUCAUUCGCGGCAACUGUUUCUUUCUUUUUUUAUUUUGUUUUAGCUUAGCCGAACAACGACGCUAGUUAGCUAGCAGAGGAUAGCACGGAGUUAACGGUCAGUGACGAUUUCUGCCUUUCUUUAGACCUCGCAGCUUUUUAAGGAGGCGUUACCAGCUUUUGCAAAAACAUAACUACUCUAUUAGUGGAGGGCUGCCAUUAAGGAUGUCGCUAGCAGAGGAAGUCGCCCGGGACGAGUUGCCCUGAGCGCUGACCCAGUCUUUCAGAUGAGUUGCUAUAGCCAAAAUGUCCUGCAAGUCAACUAAGGUGGCGCCCAGUGUUGAUUUCGACCACAGCUGUUCGGAUAGCGUGGAGUACCUGACGCUUAACUUCGGCCCGUUUGAGACGGUACACCGCUGGAGAAGACUCCCACCAUGUGAUGAGUUUGUCGGCGCCAGGCGCAGCAAGCACACCGUUGUGGCGUACAGGGAUGCCAUCUACGUGUUUGGAGGGGACAAUGGGAAAAAUAUGCUGAAUGAUUUACUGCGCUUUGAUGUCAAGGACUGCUCUUGGUGUCGAGCCUUCACCACUGGAACUCCACCAGCUCCAAGAUAUCACCACUCAGCAGUGGUCUAUGGCAGCAGCAUGUUUGUCUUUGGGGGCUACACGGGAGAUAUUUAUUCAAAUUCAAACUUGAAAAACAAAAACGACCUUUUUGAGUACAAGUUCGCCACUGGGCAGUGGACCGAGUGGAAAGUGGAGGGAAGCUUGCCAGUGGCCAGAUCUGCACACGGUGCGACAGUUUACAGCGAUAAGCUGUGGAUUUUUGCUGGCUAUGACGGGAACGCCAGGCUGAAUGACAUGUGGACAAUCAGUCUGCAGGAUCGGGAACACGCGUGCUGGGAAGAGAUCGACCAGAGUGGGGAGAUCCCCCCCUCUUGCUGUAACUUCCCUGUCGCCGUAUGCCGGGAUAAGAUGUUUGUGUUCUCCGGUCAGAGCGGAGCCAAAAUCACCAAUAAUCUGUUCCAGUUUGAGUUCAACGGUCACAUGUGGACACGCAUCCCGACGGAACAUUUGCUGCGGGGCUCUCCUCCUCCUCCUCAGAGGCGCUACGGACACACUAUGGUGGCCUUUGACCGCCACCUGUAUGUGUUUGGAGGUGCAGCUGACAACACUCUGCCCAACGAGCUGCACUGUUACGAUGUGGACUCUCAGACCUGGGAGGUGAUCCAGCCCAGUCAAGACAGCGAGAUGCCCAGCGGGAGACUUUUUCAUGCUGCUGCUGUGAUUCAAGAUGCCAUGUACAUUUUCGGAGGGACCGUGGACAACAACGUACGCAGCGGGGAGAUGUACAGAUUCCAGUUCUCAAGCUACCCAAAGUGCACCCUUCACGAGGAUUAUGGCAAACUGUGGGAGAACCGUCAGUUCUGUGACGUGGAGUUUAUUCUGGGCGAGAGAGAGGAGAGAGUCUUGGGCCACAUUGCUAUAGUUACUGCAAGGUGUCAGUGGCUGCGGAAGAAAAUCCUGCAGGCCCGAGACAGGCAGCGUCAGCAGAAGACUAAACGGGAAAGCAGUGAGGAAAGUGAUGAGGGAGCAGCUGGAGGCCCGAGAGAUGUCCCAGCAGGCAACAAGCCAUCAGGCACGCCGCCCCUGCUGGAGGUCUCCAUCCGGGAAGCAGAAGCUCAGCCUUUUGAAGUCUUAAUGCAGUUUCUCUAUACGGACAAGAUUCAGUACCCCCGCAGAGGCCAUGUCCAGGACGUUCUUCUGAUAAUGGAUGUGUACAAACUCGCUCUGAGCUUUAAGCUUUCGCGGCUGGAGCAGCUGUGUGUGCAGUACAUCGAGGCAUCUGUGGAUCUGCAGAACGUUCUCAGCGUUUGUGAGAACGCCAGCAAGCUGCAGCUGGACCAGCUCAAGGAACACUGUCUCAACUUUGUGGUGAAGGAAUCCCACUUUAAUCAGGUGAUCAUGACGAAAGAAUUUGAGCGGCUUUCCACCCAGCUGAUAGUGGAGAUCGUGCGGCGCAAGCAGCAGCCUCCCCCCAGGGUCUACUCGGACCAGCCCGUGGACAUCGGGACCUCCCUGGUCCAGGACAUGAAAGCCUACCUGGAGGGAGGCGGUCUGGAGUUCUGUGACAUUGUUCUGCUGUUAGACGGUCACCCCCGACCUGCACACAAAGCCAUACUGGCGGCUCGAUCCAGUUACUUUGAGGCGAUGUUCCGCUCCUUCAUGCCAGUAGACGGUCAGGUUAACAUAUCCAUUGGUGAAAUGGUCCCAAGCAAGCAGGCUUUUGAGUCCAUGCUGCGCUACAUCUACUACGGUGACGUCAACAUGCCUCCAGAAGAUUCUCUCUAUCUGUUCGCUGCGCCAUAUUACUACGGCUUCUCCAACAACAGGCUCCAGGCUUACUGUAAGCAGAAUCUGGAGAUGAACGUGACUGUGGAGAACGUCCUGCAGAUCCUGGAGGCGGCAGACAAGACGCAGGCUCUGGACAUGAAGAAGCACUGCCUCCACAUUAUUGUCCACCAGUUUAUCAAGGUAUCCAAGCUCCCCAACCUGCGGUCUCUCAGCCAGCUGCUGUUGUUGGACAUCAUUGAGUCUCUAGCUACGCACAUAUCAGACAAACAAUGUGCCGAAAUGGGCUCUGAUAUUUAGGGUGACUCAGAGAGGAGCUCUUUUACUUCAAAUAAGCCAAAAAUCUCCUGCUUAUGUACUUCGAUUCAUUCCUGCUACACCAGAAUUUAUUUGGUUUUAUUUAUGUUUAGAUUUUUUUUUUUUGCCCCUGCAUGUCUCAGACCUGUCCACAAUAAAUGCCUUUGUAUCUACACUGCAUCGCGUGUCUCGCUUUGUGUGUGAGGCAACAGUAAAAACCGACAAAGAAACCAGAACGUGGCUUAAAAAUGUUAAAUACUGUAAAAUAAAUUACAUGCUCUGUCAUUUAUUUUUUUGUACACAAACGUUUUGCAAGCUUGUCCUCUGUUCAGUAUCCAUUGUUUUCAUGCGUUUUACUGCUGAUGCUUGUGGCAGGACGUUCAAAAGGUGUUUCAGGAUCAUUUAGUUCAUCCAAGUGCUGUUUAUGACGGCAAUUGGUAAAUGGAUCAUUUACGCCAGUCUCUGUUCUUCAUUUUGGGUCAUUCUCAUCUGUGACAAAGCCUGUAAUAUGUGAUGGAAGGAUUCAAAAUCAUUAUAUAGAAAUGAUUGGAAUGUGUGUAUCAUUUAUUUUAUGUCCAUGCGUAACAAUGACGUUACAAUACUACCCAAAAAAAUCUACAUUCAUGUGACAGAACAGUGUAGUAGUGACCUUUAUGUUAGCGUUACAAAACAUACGUAUGUCCACAUGGGAUUCAUGUAUUUGAAAGCCUUAAUAAACCACAUAUUGAGUCUGUCA